UCCCAGCAUGUACCUACGUUCGCGUUCACUCAACACCUCCGACGCUAUCGUCUUCACAUUCUCGCGUUCCCGUUUGAAGAUUCCACUCUCAGUCUCAGACUCGCCUCAGCCUCCCUGCAAUUAUAUUUCGUCCUUUGGCUCCUCCUUUGAGAGGAGUGGAAAAGGCAUGGCGAAUGACGAUUCGUGUGACUCUAUUGCAGAGAUAUGAAUUAAGUUUAGGCAAAAGAAUAACAAUGGAUGGGAUUUUGAAUUUGAAUAUUCAGCUCUUCAAUUCUGGAGUUCACUACUCUAAAGAAACAGCGAAUUACCCUAUUGGUAGUCCAACACUUCAAGCAUCAUCUCCAAGCCAAUUUCAAUGUCAUGGCUCUUCAAUCCAUCAGAGAUUGCCUCUAGUGGCAAGGGGCUGCAGAAGCACAUUGAAGGUUUGUGCAAUGAGGAGAAGGAGAAGGGCAAAUGAGAGGACUGGAACUUAUGUACUGCUAGAACCAGGCGAGGAAGAGAGGUUCGUGAGUGAGGAAGAGUUGAAGAGUGCGUUAAAAAAUUGGCUUGAGAAGUGGCCAAGCAAGACCCUUCCUCCUGAUCUUGCAAGAUUUGAUACCAUUGAGGAAGCUGUUUCCUUCCUUGUAAGAUCUGUUUGUGAACUGCAAAUUGAUGGAGAUGUUGGUUCAGUCCAGUGGUACGAAGUCCGCUUAGAGUAAAGGACACAGGUACACAGCAUUGGCUAUGUUUUUUUGUUUUUUUGUUUUGGAAACAUCACAUAACUGCACUUUUAUGGUUCAGUUGGGAAAACAUUAGUGGCAAUCUCCAUCGUGUUCAGUGUAUUGUAUCCGAAUACAUGCAUUCUGAGGCUGCGGAACAGUUUCUUAUCAAUCACUUUAAGCUAAGCACAUGUUAAAGGUCCUCAAUCCCUAGUCAUGUACAAGUUGUCUAGUUCAAAUAAAUGAUUAAUCUAUUCAUGUUAUAUCAACAACAAA